AUGACCUCGGCGCGCGGAUCUGCCGUGGCGCUCGGCACGCUCGCCAAGGUGCUCGUGUCGCCGGCGUACCACAGCACGGAUAUGGAGGUGCAUCGCAACUGGCUCGCAGUCACACAUACCCUGCCGCUGCGUGAAUGGUACACAGAUACGACGUCGCCGUGGACGCUGGACUAUCCGCCGUUUUUUGCAUACCUCUCCUGGCUGCUUGCGCAGCCCGCGGCAUGGAUCGAUCCGAACAUCGUGCGCUUGAAUAUGCUGGACUAUGCAUCUCCGCAGUGCAAGGCGUACUUGCGCGCGACUGUCCUGCUCACGGAACUGGGGCUUGCAUACGCACUGCAUCUGCACGCCCAGUGCACGCCGAGCGCGCCGAGCGAGCAUGCACUUCUGCUGAGUGUGCUGCUGCACCCGGGACUAUUUAUGGUAGACCAUAUUCACUUCCAGUACAAUGGGCUCCUAUUUGGCGUGCUUGUCUUUGCGCUGUGGGCCGCACGUACACAGCGGCCGUGCUUGUGUGCGCUUGCGUUUGCCUCGCUGCUCAACACGAAACACAUUUACCUGUACGUCGCGCCCGCAUUCACCGUGUACCUCUUCCGCGCGUACCUCUGGCCUGCAAAGGGCGCACUGCGCGGCAUCGUGCGGCGCACGCUCAUGCUUGGCGCAGCGACCAUCGCGCCGUUUGCAGCGAGCAUCCUGCCCUUUGCCGUCGACGCCGAGAUCAGCGCGCUGUAUCUGCGCCUGUUUCCAUUUCAUCGCGGCCUCUUGCACGCAUACUGGGCGCCGAAUGUGUGGGCGCUGUACGCCGCACUCGACCGCGUCCUGCUGCGCGGCGCUACAGGCACGGCAGUCGCCGCGGCACAGGUGACGUCGUCGCGCGGCAUUGUAGGCGAUACGGUGUUUGGCGUGCUGCCUUCCGUGCAGCCCUCGGCCUGUUUUUUGCUCGCGGCACUGCCCAUGCUUGUGUACACGGCAAAGCUCUGGACAAGACCGACAUACCGCGCACUGCUGCUCUGUGUCUCGCUUUGUGCCCUCACCGCGUUUGCUGUUGGCUGGCACGUGCACGAGAAAGCCAUUCUCCUCGUGCUCGUCCCGCUCAGCCUCGCAGCGCCGUCGGCGUAUGCAUACGCGCGCGCGUGGGAACUCUUGUCGGCCGCGGGGAUCGUGUCCUUGUUUCCACUGCUGCACACGCCGCUGGAGACGCCAGUCAAGCUCGGAUACGCGGCGAUUUGGUUCGUCGUGGUCCGCCACAUUGUCUUGCGCCGUGUACUGCGCCCGAUGCCCAGUAAUGCACAGGCUAUCCUGCAUUUUCUCGAGACGCAGUACAUGCGGGGUCUAUGCUUGCUCGCCGUGGCGACGAAUGUGGGAUGGCCGCUGCUGGCAGCGUCCGAUGCCGCCGCUGGACUUGCGCGCUACGAAUUCCUCCCCCUUUUGGCCACCAGCGUGUACUGUGCGGUGGGCGUGGUAUAUGUGUGGCUACAGCUUUCCAUUGCGUACCUAUGCGAUGCAUUCCACGUGACGAAGCAAGAGACGUAA